AUGCCUGCCACUGCUUCUUGGAUCCUUAAGGAUAUCAUUGUGAGAAGAGAAGAUGUUAAUCAACUCCAGCAAAUUUGGAAUGAUAUGCAAUAUAAAAGGAAGUUUUCCAUGAAGAAGCUUUAUGAUCAUCUGUUAAAUGCUGAGAAUAAUGUGAAUUGGAGCCAUAUCAUUCAACAUAAUGCCGCUCGUCCUAGGGUUGUCGUGUGCCUCUGGCUUGUGUGCCAUAAUAGGAUGGCUACAAAGGUUAGACUGAAACGUCUUGGGCUUCUGCAGGAGGACUGUUGCAAUCUGUGUAAUGAGUAUAUGGAGGACAUCAAUCACUUGAUAAUCAAUUGCAGGAUCACGAAUCAUAUAUGGAAGGAAGUGCUUAAAUGGCUUGAGGUGAAUCACCAACCGACUCAGUGGCAAGAGGAGCUGAACUGGAUCAUUCAACACACUAAAGGAAAAGGGUUCUACUCUAGUAUUAUGAAGAUUGCUAUUGCUGAAACUGUGUAUGGCAUAUGGAUGCAUCGUAACAAGAGAAUCUUCGGUACAAAUGCGAGUGAAGAUACUACUAAAGUUGUUCACAAAAUUAUAGAUACUAUAGUGUAUAGAGGUUGGCUAAAAGCUAAUUAUAGGAGAAAGUUAGCUUUGCUUAUGAUGUAA